GAACCUGCUUUUAAUGGUAUAAGAUGACGACUUCAUGGAGUGAUCGUCUGCAAAACUAUGCCGACCUCCCAGCCAACAUGGACGGUGUGACCAUGAAGAAGUAUCGGCGUGAAGCUCACCACAGAGUGUUUGUGAACCGAAGCUUGGCAAUGGAGAAGAUCAAGUGUUUUGGUUUUGAUAUGGAUUACACUCUGGCAGUGUAUAAAUCUCCGGAGUAUGAGUCGCUGGGUUUCGACCUGACAGUGGAACGCCUGGUGUCCAUUGGAUAUCCACAAGAACUGCUCAACUUUGUUUAUGACCCAUCCUUCCCCACCAGAGGUCUGGUGUUUGACACAAUGUAUGGCAACCUGCUCAAAGUGGAUACCUAUGGGAACAUCCUGGUGUGUGUGCACGGGUUCAACUUCUUGAGGGGGCCUGAUAUCAGAGAGAUGUACCCCAACAAAUUUAUUCAACGUGGAGAUACAGAUCGCUUCUACAUCCUCAACACACUUUUCAACCUGCCUGAAACCUACCUGUUUGCUUGCCUGGUUGAUUUCUUCAGUAACUGCUCCAGAUACACAAGUUGUGAGACUGGCUUCAAAGAUGGCGACCUUUUUAUGUCGUAUAAGAGCAUGUUCCAGGAUGUCCGAGACGCUGUGGACUGGGUUCAUUUUAAGGGGUCCUUGAAAGAAAAAACGGUUGAGAACCUGGAGAAGUAUGUAGUAAAGGAUCCAAAGCUUCCUCUCCUCCUCAGCCGCAUGAAUGAAGUCGCCAAAGUCUUUCUGGCCACCAACAGUGAUUACAAAUACACACAGAAAAUCAUGACCUACCUGUUUGAUUUUUCUCAUGGUCCAAAGCCGGGUACAGCCCACAGACCGUGGCAGUCCUACUUUGACUUGAUCCUGGUUGACGCUCGCAAACCUGUGUUCUUUGGGGAGGGAACAGUGCUACGACAGGUGGACACUACCACAGGUCGGCUGAAGAUUGGCACGUACACCGGACCCCUCCAUCGUGGUAUCGUUUACUCCGGAGGUUCCUCUGACAUUGUGUGUGACUUGCUGGGGGCAAAGGGAAAAGACAUUGUCUACAUUGGAGACCAUAUUUUUGGUGAUAUUCUCAAAUCCAAGAAGCGUCAGGGUUGGAGGACAUUCCUGGUAAUACCUGAGCUGGCCCAGGAGCUGCAUGUGUGGACCGACAAGAGCUCCAUAUUUGAGGAACUUCAGUCUCUGGACUGCUUCCUUGCUGAGCUUUACAAGCAUUUGGACAGCAGCAGCAAUGAGAGGCCUGAUAUCAGCUCACUGCAGAGACGGAUAAAGAAAGUGACCCAUGACAUGGACAUGUGCUAUGGUAUGACAGGAAGUCUGUUUCGCAGUGGAUCCAGACAGACUCUGUUUGCCUCCCAGGUGAUGCGUUACGCUGAUCUAUACGCAGCCUCCUUCAUCAACCUGCUCUACUAUCCCUUCAGCUACCUGUUCAGAGCUGCACACGUACUGAUGCCUCAUGAGUCAACAGUGGAGCACACCAACGUCAACUUCAUAGACACAGAGUCUCCGCUGGCCACACGAAACCGCCACGAUGUGGACUUCAAGGAAAUGGAAGGCAAGCGACACCAGCUGACCCGAUCCAUCAGCGAGAUCCAGCCGCCCCACUUCUUCCCUCAGGCUCCACAGGAGAUCACCCACUGCCACGACGAGGAUGAUGACGAAGAGGAGGAAGAGGAGGAGGAGGAGGAGUAGAUGGAGGGAGGAGAGCGGAGGUGUAGAUAAGCUUUGCUCUUAUAUUACAGUGCAUCCUUUUUUAAUGCUUCUCAGCUUCAGUCAGCAGGACUGUAGUUCCAGUUCCAUAUCCCAGAGCUUGUUGAUCCAUUUUAACAUUUCUGUGUC